AUGACCGACGCGGAGCAACAAGGAGCAGCAUACGAAGAAGAACAUGUACACGCCGUCUACGAACAGAUAGCCUCACAUUUCUCGGCUACCCGCUAUAAGCCAUGGCCGAUCAUUGAGCGGUUCCUCAAAGAGUUGCCUGAUGGAGCUGUAGGCGCUGAUGUCGGCUGCGGAAAUGGCAAAUACCUCACUGUCAACCCUCGGGUCUUCAUGGUGGCCUCGGAUCGUUCAACAAACCUUGUCAAGAUCGCAAAACAACACCAGCCCCAUGACAGUAUAGUAGCAGAUAUUAUGAAUCUCCCACAUCCAAAGCACAGCUUCGACUUUGCCAUUUCAAUAGCAGUCAUCCAUCAUAUCUCCACCCCGGAGCGGAGGAUAGAAGCCGUGAAGGCCAUCCUGGAGCUCCUUCGACCGCCUUCAGCAGAAAAACCUGGGAGCGGAGGACGAGCGCUGAUCUAUGUCUGGGCGUUGGAGCAGAAGGACAGCCGAAGGGGCUGGGACGAGGGAAACGAGCAGGACGUCAUGGUGCCGUGGGUCAUGAGGGCGAAGAAAGAGAAGGAAGGGAAGAAGGGAAAGGGCAAGGACCAGAAGGCAACUGAACUUUCCAAUGAGGCUGACCAACCGUUGGAGCAGCCCCAGGACAAGACCUUUUUGCGCUACUACCACUUGUAUCGAAAGGGCGAGCUGGAGCAAAUCAUUGGAGAGGCAGGUGGGGAAGUGGUCGAGGCGGGGUAUGACAAGGACAACUGGUGGGCAAUUGCAACGCGGCAAUCGUAA